GCCUCCUGAAAACCCAACUGGUCUACCGAGGCAAGUCGGCAACAAAACUGAAUGUGCCUUGCUGGGGUUUGUUCAGGGUCUUGGACGCAGUUUUGAAGAGGUGCGUGAGCAAUGGCCUGAGGAACGAUUGUACAAAGUGUACACUUUCAACUCUGUGCGGAAAUCCAUGAGCACAGUAAUCAAAGAAAAAGACAAACCCCUCACCUUUUUGCUCUUCACAAAAGGUGCCUCAGAGAUGGUUGUCAAAUGUUGUUCGUGGGCUAUGGACGCCAAAGGCAAUCCGAAACCAUUCGGACCACAGGAUCAAGAAAACCUCACCGUCUCGGUCAUUGAACCUAUGGCUGCCGAAGGUUUGCGUACCAUCUGCAUCGCGUACAAGCGGAUCAUCGUAGACGGACAGUCGAAAAGUCCAAACGAUGUACUUGUGAAAGAAGAACCUAACUGGGACGAUGAGGAUCGACUGCUAGAGGGCUUCACUUGUCUGGCCAUCGUGGGUAUCGAGGACCCCGUCAGACCGGAGGUGCCAGCCGCGAUUCGUCAGUGCCAAAAAGCCGGUAUCACCGUCCGCAUGGUCACCGGAGACAAUGUAAACACAGCCCGGGCGAUUGCGUCCAAAUGCGGCAUCCUUCAUCCGGGUCAGAAUUUCUUGGUCCUCGAAGGCAAAGAGUUUAACAAACGCAUUCGUGACAAGACCACGGGACGUGUUUCGCAAGAACUGUUCGACAAAGUGUGGAUCAACUUGCGUGUUUUAGCUCGCUCCUCUCCCCAGGAUAAGUACAAUCUUGUCAGUGGCAUCAUUCGAAGUCGCGCUGCUCCUUCACGCCAAGUGGUCGCAGUCACUGGAGAUGGCACAAAUGAUGGACCGGCGUUGAAGAGGGCCGACGUUGGAUUCGCUAUGGGCAUUGCGGGCACCGAUGUGGCGAAGGAGGCAUCCGAUAUUAUCCUCACGGACGACAAUUUCUCCAGUAUCGUCAAGGCUGUGAUGUGGGGUCGUAAUGUAUAUGACUCCAUCACGAAGUUCCUCCAGUUCCAGCUCACCGUCAACGUGGUGGCAAUAAUUGUCGCUUUUGCUGGAGCUUGCUUUCUCGAUGACAGCCCCUUAAAAGCCAUCCAGAUGCUAUGGGUAAACCUGAUCAUGGAUACGUUGGCCAGCUUGGCUCUUGCCACCGAACAGCCUUCUCCGGAGUUAUUGGAUCGCGCUCCCUAUGGCCGUACACAACCGUUGAUCAGCCGACAGAUGGCCAAGAACAUUCUGGGUCACGCUCUAUAUCAGUUGGGAGUGAUUUUCUUCUUAUUACUCGCAGCUGACCUCAUCAUGGAGGUGGACAACAUGACCGGCAUUAAAGUUCACGUGCCCACACAACACUUCACGCUUAUCUUCAAUACACUGGUUCUGAUGACCCUGUUCAACGAAUUCAAUGCGCGGAAAAUUCACGGCCAGCGAAAUGUGUUCAGUGGAUUACAGCGAAAUUUGUUGUUUGUAGGCAUAUGGAUUUGCACCUUCUUGCUACAAGCUCUCAUUAUUCAAUUCGGAUCUUAUGCGUUUAGCACCACUCCUCUCACAUUGGACCAAUGGAUUUGGUGCAUGUUCUUCGGGUGUGGCGAACUAGUUUGGGGUCAAAUAAUUACCACCGUUCCGAACGCAAUCAUACCGACGUGUAAGUGUUGCAAACGUCGGAAGCGUGUCAGCGGAGUAGCCGAAGCACCUCCGAGCGACGAAGAAGAUGAAGAUGAGGAACGGGAAUCCGAUACUGUCGGACGCCUCCCGACCUCCGAUGACAUAACGUUGGGUGGCAAAAUCCUGUGGGUUCGUGGUGUCAACCGCAUUCAAACACAGAUGCAGGCUAUGAAGGUCGUCGAUGCUUUUCGCAUGGGCCUGGGACAUCGCAUCGACCCCGAGCAACGACGCAGCAUAAGCUCAAUGGUUUUGAGACACGGCCAGAAUCAGUCAAUCGAGUUCGCCGACGCAGAUGCCCCCGAAGUUUGAUUAACGCCUUCUCCCACUAGGAGUUCAAUGCUCACCGCUCAUCCCACCACCUUGUACGCGUAUCCGUCGGGCGUCAUUUUUGCUUGCGGCUUCGAAGGUGCCCGCAACCUUGGAAAUACGGCUCACUUAGUGGUUUCAACCUCCCUAAUUUCGUCUAUUUUCGAAACUUCUUCUUAUCUCUUCCCCUCCUCAUACAUACACAUAGAUAUAUAAAUAUUUGCUUAUCGUUGUUACUUAUGUUCGCUUACCUGAUGUGCGUUCGUCUAUCGCUACCACUCGGCUUCUCUUCCGUGGACUUCAACAUUGACGAUAGUCUAGCUCAAUCCCUAUUUUAUAACUCAAAAACGCGUCCCCCCACUUUCUCCACUUUACUAUUUACAUGCACACAUGCGCAUAAGAGAGGAGUCGUUGGUGGGUUUCUCCAAGCACCAACCCCUUUUACCUUUAUUAACCCUGUUUUAUUCCCUAUUUCUUUUGUUCUCGCACGUGUACGCAUAUCUCUUCAGCGGCUUAUCUUCACGCCUGUAUUGCCCUCCGGCUGGCCGUCUAACUGUCUUCUCGUCUACCUGCCUGCCAGCUGCCCUGCGUCCCACUCUGGCAGCGUACCUCUGCAGAGCAUCAUUCAUGUACAGCAGUAUCGUAGUUGUUAUCCGCGGCAAUUUUAGCCUAGAUAUUAGCACCGAGUUGAUGGUAUACCCCUAUCCGCCUCAUUGUUUCCUGACCAGUUGGAACCUAAACCUUAUCACAUCAGUUCAGAUAUGCACACACCCACACAUGCACACGAAGAGCCAUUACCUAACGUAGUGAAUCGACUAUUUACUUAAACCUAUAAUACUUUUGGAAUGUUACCUCCACUGUGUGUCGCUAUGUACUACCUAGCACAUUUGUGUUUACUCCCGACGUUUAGCUUUACAGAGACUCAAUCCCCUAGUCUCAUUUCGCAUAGUCAACUGCAACCUGCCUUCCAGUUGAGUGAAUUUUUCGGAUGCCUUCCUCAUUGCUGAUUUUCACAUGCGAGCCUCUUCGACUCAAACGAAGCACACAAUACUGCCGUUGUAUAUUUUUCUAAAGUCCCCUCCAAUCCCCCCGUGGUUGACCCCAUCGUGUGUGUACCGUUCGCAUGCAUGCUUCUUUUCCCUUCUACCCCAACCUCCAGCUGAACUCCCAAAUGUCUCCUGCUUCACACAGACUGUCCGCCCUUUUCUGCCCCUCCAUCCCUCCCUUGUUCGCUAGAAUCCGGCUGAUCAUGAUGUGCCUGUGUUGUACAAGUAUCGAUUUUCUUCGCAAACACUGUAUGCCGACCGUUUGCGAUUACAACCAUAUUUCCCGCCUCCUCGUUUAUACUUCUUAACCCGACUGAACCGCAAUAGGUGAUUUACCUUCUGACACCUAUGGUCUUCCGUAUGGAGCGUGUGCCCACUGAGCACAUUAUGAGGAGGAUGUAAUUUUGUUGGCCUAACCUGC